AUGAAGUCCACACUGUAUUUCCUCAUCGUGCUGCUGCAGCUUGCUAUGCAGUUAGCAGUGGCCAACCCAGCUGCACACCCAGAGCCCGGCUCUCCCCAUCUGGAAGAGAGACAGGUGACCUCUCCGCUUCCGACCAGCUUGCCUGGACGGACUACCGCCGCUGCGACGACUGUCCCUGCCUCCACCCGCACAUCCAGCUCGCCUGGCGCGACUAGCACCGAGUCUGGGGCCUCCACUACACCUGGCACGGCCUCCAUCACAUCUGGCACGGCGUCCACCAUAUCUGGCACGACCGGCACUUCUGGCACGACCGGCACUUCUUCCCGGACAUCCAACACAUCUGGAACUGGCCCGACUAGCACCCCGACCUCUAUCCCUCAAGUCCCCUCUGGCCCACCUACUAUUGUGGUCAAUGUUGCUAUCGCCAUCGCCAUCUCAGGUGGCAGCGGAAAGGAUGCAGCCGCCGCAGCAGCGAAAGCCGCCGCCUCUGGAGGAGGACCGAAUGCCCAAGCCGCCGCCGUUGCCGCUGCUGCCGCUGCGGCCGGUGGAGGUAGUGCGACGGAUGUGUCUGUGGUUGCCGCUGCCGCCGCCGCCGCCGCCUCGGGUGGUAACGGAGGGGACGUCGCUGAUGCAGCCGCCGCUGCCAACAGCGCCGCUGGUGGAGGCGGUGAUGAUGCUGCUGCUGCUGCUGCCGCCGCCGCUGCCUCCGCUGGUGCGAGUGGAUGGAACGUUGCCGCCGUUGCUGCCGGGGCCGCCGCCGCAGCUUCAGGUGCCAGCGGAGCGGACACCGCCUCCGCUGUUGCUGCCGCCGCCGUCACGUCCUGCGGCGGGGGUGUUGCCGCUGCGGCCGCCGCAGCCGCCGCCUCCGCUGGGGGCAAUGGCACGGACGUCGCCGUCGUUGCGGCCGCCGCGGCCGCCGCAUCCGCUGGGGGAGAUGGCCAGGCAGUCGCCGACGCUUGCGCUGCGGUCGCCUCCGCCGCCGGUGGAGGAAGUGCUGCUGCCGCUGCUGCCGCCGCCGCCGCCUCCGAUGGGGCUAAUGGAUCGAAUGCCGCCGCCGCUGCCGCUGCCGCCGUCGCUUCCGCCUCGGGUGCCAAUGGCGAUAUCACCGCCGCGGUUGCCGUCGCUGUCGCCGCUGCCGGUGGUGGUGGGUGGAAUGGCGCCGCGACUGCUGCUACCAAGGCUGCCGACGCUGGCGAUACUGGAACCGAGGUUGCCGACGCGAUUGCCUCUGCCCCGAAUACUGAAGGCAUUGGCAAUGGUACUGCAACCGGCGGUUCCGGCACUGGAAGUGGCACCAACAGCACUGGAUCCGGCAGCACCAGCACUGUAACCGGCGGUGGAUCUGGUAGCACCAGUACUGGAAGCUCUGCUAAACGAUUCUGGGAUUACACGGAUUCGCGUCGUGCCCGCGACUUCGUUGCCAGGGCUUAA